AUGCCCUCGUCCUGUGCUGGCAUAAAUUUUCUCGCUCUGCUGGCAGAUAUUUUAUCGUUCUGCGCUGGCAUCCGUCUCUUUCACAGCUCGAAUUCGGCGCUGUCUUUUCUUGUUCUUCUCCCACCUAGCCGUCGCUCUCGCUCCCAUCUAGCCGUAUCCUCUCCCUCACUACCCGCUGACACCUCUCCAACCCACCUCACAAUCACUCCGUCCCAUCCACCCCGCCAUCUCCUCUCCCUUACCUCCCCGCCGUCGCCUCCCUCCUCCUCGCCGUCGCCUCCCUCCUCCCCGCCGUCGCCUAUCCUCCUCCCCGCCGUCGCAUCUCCUCCUCCCCGCCGUCGCCUCUCCCUCCUCCCCGCCGUCGCCUCCCUCCUCCCCGCCGUCGCCUCUCCUCCUCCCCGCCGUCGCCUCUCCUCCUCCCCGCCGUCGCAUCUCCUCCUUCCCCGCCGUCGCCUCUCCUCCUCCCCGCCGUCGCCUCUCCCUCCUCCCCGCGGUCGCCUCUCCCUCCUCCCCGCCGUCGCCUCUCGCUCCUCCCCGCGGUCGCCUCUCCCCACUCCCCGCCGUCGCCUCUCCUUCCCUCUCCGCCGUCUCGUCCGGCGACAGGUGCGUUCCUAG